UUGUUAAAUACCCUACAUAGAUUGACAGUCAAGGUACAUACUUCUACUUGAAUUUGAUUGUUACAAAUGGGAUAUCCGUUCGUAUGCUGCAAACAACAUUUCUUUAUAUUUCUGCUGAAUACUCGUGAAUCUUGGUAAUAAGUUAAGUAACAUAAAUAUGAGGCUUCUAUUUGUCUAAUUUGGCUUAAAACAAAAACCGAGCAAUGAUCGAGAUAAAUGUCACAUAUUACCCGCGUGUUCCGUACAUGUUCUGUCUGUUAAAUCGUUCUGUUACCAUGCUCGUCAGCGAUUAAUUAUGGAAAAACGAAAUUCCAGUAAUAAAGAGGACCGUCAGGCCUCGCAGUAUUUUGUUGCCAAACAGAAUACCAUUCUGAAGCGUAUGUCUAGCGAAUGCGACAAGAGUGUCAAUACGUUGCGUCUCGGCAUGCUGGUGGAAGCUGUCGAAGAUUUGGGGGACAGUGCGCUUAAAGUACGCGUAAUUGAUACAACAGGAUCUGAAAUUUGGCGCGGCACCGAAUGGCAAUGUCACAAAUUUGAUCUAAUUCCCGUUACGUCAGAAGUAUGGAAAUUUCUGCCUGCUAUUUCAGUGCCUCAAGAGAGGGUUCGUUUGGCAAAUUACAAACACCUGUGCGAAGAACUCCUGAGUUUAGGAGUGAAUGACACUGUCUGGUACUGCGUUGAUUCCCUGGGAUGCACAAAAUAUUUAGCUAUUAUUAAAUAUAUUGGACCUGUGCCACAACUCGGGCAAGGAUAUUAUUUCGGCCUUGACUUAUUGGAUGGCGACGAACCAUCUAAGACAGCUUUACUGAGUAAAGAGUAUUUUGUUUCUACCCACUCUGAGGGAAGAUUUGCUACACUGAGUAACAUUUUCCCUUUAAAACCUGGAGGUCCUACAGGCCUUGCAAAACCAGAUAAAAAUUUUUGCGUGAAAAGUGAAGCAAGCAAUAAUUGUACAAAUGACAAGAAAAAGUCUGUAUUAGAUACAAUACCGCCUGUCCUGUUGGAAAGAUUUACUCUGUAUGAUGAUAAUAAAAACAAUAAUAGAGACCAAAGGUCUACAUCAAAAGAAUACCAUCAGUCAGUAAAAUCAGCAACACAUGAAAAUGACAGCAAUGUAACUAAAAGUACCAUCAUCCAUGGUAACACACCUGAAAAGAACGAAAAUAAAAAAUUUGGCCGAACAGAAAAUGUAGAUUUAAUUGUGGGUUCAAAUGUGAAGGUACUUUUGGAUUCUGAUAUACACUAUGGAAUUAUUCGUUGGAUUGGAACUCCUUCUGGUAUUACGUCUGGUAAAUUAAUGGCAGCUGUGGAAUUGGAUGAUAGUCACCCAUCUGGUACUGAUGGAACAUAUAAAGAUGUAAGAUAUUUCCAUUGUCUGCCUUACAGAGCUAUUUUCACGGAUCUUGAUCAAUGUUCACGAUAUGAUACCAUGGCAAAAAUCGAUAAUCCAACAACAUCACUAAGUACAGAUAAUUUCGGAAAUAUGGAAAGCUCUGUUAUCAUCGGUAUGGUACGACCUAUUUCCGUAAAAGGAAAUUUAGAAAGUAUUUGUGGGAAAUAUCGGGGGAUCCAAGGUCAUCAUAAUUCAUGUUAUUUAGAUGCUACUCUUUUCAGCAUGUUUACAUUUACUAGCGUUUUUGAUAAUCUUUUAUUUAGACCACCGAAUGAAAAGGAUUGUCCUCAAUAUGAAGAAGUACAAAGAGUAUUACGUGAAGAAAUUGUAAAUCCGCUUAGAAAAAAUAUGUUUGUAAGAGCAGAUCGAGUAAUGAAACUCCGAACUUUACUUGAGAAGCUAUCAUCUGUAUCCGGGCUUACUAGUGAAGAAAAAGAUCCUGAAGAAUUUUUGACAUCACUGGUUGCCCAAAUUUUGAAUGCUGAACCAUUUCUUAAAUUAAGUUCUGGCCAAGAUGCAUAUCAUUAUCAACUUUUUGUUGAAAAAGACGAUCAUUUAAAUCUUCCAACUGUUCAACAAUUAUUAGAACAGAGUUUUCUUACAAGUAAUAUAAGAUUGAAAGAAGUUCCUUCGUGUCUUAUUAUACAAAUGCCACGAUUUGGUAAAUCAUUCAAGAUGUAUCAGAAAAUUCAACCUACAUUGUUACUUGAUGUAACAGAUAUAAUCGAAGAUUCUCCAAGACAAUGUACCGUUUGUGGAAAGUUAGCGGAAUACGAAUGUAAAGAGUGCUAUGGACAAUGUGGCGUUGGACUCGAAAGCAUUGCCUUCUGUUUGCAAUGUUUAGAAAAGGUGCAUCGACAUGAACGAAGAACAAAUCACGAACCAAAGAAACUUAUAGUACCAAUGGAGUUUGCUAUUUUACAAGAACAUUGUCCAGUUCCACGAUUAUAUCUGGAAUUAUCAGCAGUGGUUUGCAUUGAAACCUCCCAUUAUGUAUGUUUCGUAAAAUGUGGUUCUGGUUCGGAAGCACCAUGGUGUUUCUUUGAUUCUAUGGCUGAUAGAAAAGGGGAACAAAACGGUUACAAUAUACCGGAAAUGGUUCCAUGUCCAGAUUUUCCAUAUUGGCUAAGUGAAGAAGGUGGAAAUUAUCUAACUGAACUAACGGAUGAUCGUCAUCUGCCGGAGCAUGCAAAACGACUGUUAUGCGAUGCAUAUAUGUGCAUGUAUCAAUCUCCUGAUGUUAUGAUGUACAAAUAAGUUAAAUUGCCUGAUAAUUUAGGUAAGUUAGGUUUAAAGUUACUACUUAAUGAAAAUAGGCAUGAUGUUUGUGCUUGCUGCUUUAUUUAUUUCAUGUAUAUUAUAAAGAUUUCGUGUCACUAAGAACGAGAGAUAAAGAAAAUAUCAAUGCAUAACUGAAUUAUGUCAGUUUAUAACGUUUAUUCAAAUCUACAUUUGACAGACAAACAUGUAAUCUUAAGGAAACUAAGAUUAUAUGUAAUACAUAUAUAUUAUAGAAAUCAUUUGAAAAUCACUGUUUUUAGUCAAAAACUAGUAAUCUAACUCGAAUAUAAUGCUGUUUUUUAAAUUCACAAGAUAUAUGUAUACAUGUAUAUAUUUAUUAGUGACAUAAAAUUAAAUUUUCCACGCUAUGAAAGUUAUAGUAAAAUCUACUAUACUAUUGUAAAAUUUAUACAUAUUGCACGAUCUGAUAAUUAGUUUCUUAGCAGUAAAUUCAAAAUAUUGAACUAAAAACUUUAUAAUUCACAAAACUGGGUAUUUGUGUAUCAAUACGUACAUUAAGAUCGUGUAUAUUAAAAGUAAUAUAUGAAACAUAAACAAUUUUAUAUGGAAAGCUUAUUUAAAACAUUAAGAAUAUCAUAGAUUGAUUUUUAUAGCAAAGAGCAUAAACAGUUAAUAAAUUUUUUGUAACUUAAAAAUAUAAUGACUAGGAUUCAAAAGUUAAUGUUGCACUUUUAGAUCUAUCGUUGCUCUAAUAAUUUUUUACUUCUAUUUUAUAAUAUCAAAUUAGAUUUAUUUUAAUUUCCUUAUUACUAUCAUCAUAAUAAUUAAUACAAUGUUUUAACAAAGCAACUUAGUACAACACCAAUUAUCGUUACAAUAAUUCUGAAAAAUUCUAACGUUAGUUUUAACGGAGCAACUUAGCACAACAUCAAUUUAAAAUCCACUAAGUUUGUUGCUUUUUUUUAUAUAAAUGAUAAUAAGGGUUUUUCUGAUAUUAUAAAUUUGAACAUUUCACAUAGAAAAAAAGCUGAUUUUUAGGCUUAUAAAAAUUUGAUUACUAUGCAGCAGAUUUAUAUGUUUAAAAUAUCUUGGAUAAUAAUGUGUAUAUAAAAAUUAUAAAUUCAUACGGAAAAUAAUAUGAUUCUAAGUUCUUAUAGUAUUGUUCUUCUGUUUGAUUCUUUGUUCAUUAUAAUUACGUUUCGAUAUUGUACAAAAGAGAAAUUGAGAAACAAAAUAAUUAAAUUCUCUAUUGAGUCUGAAAUAAAUGUCGCUGUAAGUGAAACGAAAUGAAAUAAUUGUAAAAUUCGAAAUAUAUCACUGUACAUAAUAAUUUAUGUACAAUAGUGCCGCGUUUAUUAACCAUAGCAAAUUAUAUUUAGUUAAUUUUCAAGAAAAGUAUACUUCUAGAAAACUAUUUCUCUAUUGAAUGUGAAUGGGAUAUGGAUAUUUGAUACGUUUGUUUAUUUUAAUUACGUAACGUCAGAAGUUUCACGAAGCAAGUUCCAAGAACUGGUAGUGGCGGUUAGUUAGACGUAACACUACUGUAAUAGAAGAAAUUUAAUGUUCAUUUAUGUCCCUGUAUGGCAGAACUAAUAAAGAUAAAGUUUGUAAA